GCCAUCAUCUUCGCCAUCGACGAGAUCAACAACAGCAGCGACAUCCUCCCAGGAGUAGAGCUGGGAUACAGAAUCCUCGACGACUGUCACAUCUCCCCCAUGGCGUUGUCGAGGGCGAUGCAGUUCAUGCCGAACGCGAGGACGCUGCAGACGACGUGUAGAAAAAAGGAGUGUUCUGGAGACGGGAAGCUGGACAAACUGCCGCAGUUCUUUGACGUGGUUGGAGUCCUGGGCGCCUACACCAGCUCGCUGAGCAUCGUGGUCGCCAACGUGAUGACGUUGUUCAAGAUUCCGCAGAUCAGCCACACCUCCACCAGCGACCUCCUCAGCGACAAGAAGCGCUUCCCGUACUUCCUGAGAGUUAUCCCCCCUGACAAACACCAGGUGCAGGCGAUGGCAGACGUCCUGCACGCGUUCGACUGGAGGUAUGUGUCUGUGAUUUUCUCUCAGGGUAGCUACGGCCAGGAGAGUCACAAGAAGCUGCUGCCGAUACUGAAGAAAUUAGACAUCUGCGUAGCCCAGUCGCUCGAACUGACAGACAUCAUGGGUCACGACGAUUACGACCACGUCAUUUCCUCUCUCCGGAGGUUCGAACGAGCCAGAGUUGUCGUUCUUUACGCCGAGAUUCAGCAUGUCGUGGAUAUAAUGGCUGCCGUGAAACGUAAUGACGCCUCGGGUGAAUUCAUUUGGACCGGAAGUGACGCGCUGAGUCACAUGGUGGAUGAACACCCCGAUAUCUGUGAGUACAAUAUCGGAAUAUUAACCGUGGGGCCGUACUCGGCUAAUGUGCCAAAGUUUUCUGCGUACAUGGAUUCUAUGAGUAAUUUUAAACGCCACGACCCUUUGACUUUAAAUUCGUGGAUGUCACAUAAUAAAAGUAACACGAUACAUGUAAAAGACGACGGCGAUGGUAGUAAACACUACGCGCACCUGUUUGCGUCAUCCUACCUGAUCGACGCCGUGUAUGCCUUUGCACAUGCGCUUCAGCACCACAUCGAUCGCGAUUGCGCGCACGUUGCGGCCGACCAAUUAAAAACGUGCGUGAGCGGGGAGUCCCUGCUACCUUACCUGAAGCGAGUUACAUUCCAGGGUUCGAUUGGACAGAUCUCCUUCGACGGCAACGGCGACGUCUUGGGCAAGAUCGAGAUCAGACAGUGUCAAGUGUCGGACGACGCUACCGGCGACGUCACUCGCCACCUAUCCGUCGGCUUGUGGGACGUGGGCUCGCGAACGCUCACCAUCGACAACGACAAACUGCAGUGGUCGAGAAACGAAACGGGUUGGAGACGGACGCCGGUUUCGGUUUGCGGGGAGGCGUGCGGCGUGGGCGAGGUGUACACCUUCCCGAAGUCGACGUGCUGCUGGGAGUGCAUGGGCUGCAAGCACAACGAAAUUACGUCAUCGAACGCCACGCGAUGCCGGGAGUGCCCGGAGUUCUACUGGCCCGACGGAAACACCCGAAGGACGUGCUACCCGAUCGAGCCGACGAUCAUUCGCAUGUACGACGCCGUGUCCGUCGUUUUGUGCGCCUUCGCGUCCCUCGGGCUCAUCUCCACCGGCGUGGUGAUCCUGUUUUUCCACAGCUACCGCCACGAGCGAGUGAUUCGAUCUUCCAGUCGGGAACUCAGUUACAUGAUCCUGGUGGGCAUACUGGCCGCCUACCUACUCGUGUUCACAUUUCUUGUGUUUCCCAGCAGUUUCUUCUGCUACCUCAACCAAGUGGGCUUCAGUCUGACCUUCACCUUGCUAUAUGCGCCACUGCUCGUGAAAACGAACCGAAUAUACCGGAUAUUCAAGGGAGGUAAGAAGACCGCGGCGCUGCCACGCUGCACGAGCACGACGUCACAGAUUGCCAUAGUAACCAGUCUGCUGACUAUCCAGUUCACCGACUCCAGUCCAAUUCAAGCGGCACAGUGGGUGAAACAGAACGAUGUCGGGUCUAUGGGGAAGUAUUAA